AUGGAUGAGGAGAUGAUGGCUCUACAGAAGAAUCAAACUUGGGAAGUCAUGCUACUUCUUAAAGAGAAGAAAACUGUGGGUUGUAGAUGGGUAUAUAUGAUUAAGUAUAAAUCUAAUGGGACUAUUGAGCGUUUUAAAGCUUGGCUGGUGGCAAAAGGCUUCACCCAAUGUUAUGGUAUUGAUUACAUGGAGACCUUUGCUUCAGUUGCGAAAAUGGGAAUAGUUUCGAUAUUAAUAUCCUUGGCAGUGCAUUAUGGAUGGUCCCUAUUACAAUAUGAUGUGAAAAAUACAUUCUUGUAUGGAGAAAUCUUAGAAAAAAUAUAUAUGGAGCUUCCACUAGGAUACAAAGACCCAAAUGAUACUCUAAAAGAAUGCAGACUUAAGAAGGCAUUAUAUGGCUUAAAAUAGUCACCAAUAGCCUGAUUUGCUUGCUUAACCAAAACAAUGAGGGCUUUGGGGUUCAAGCAAGCAAAUGGAGAUCAUAUCUUAUUUUAUAAACGAUUGAGUUUAGGAAAAAUGACAAUCUUACUAGUAUAUGUCAAUGACUUGAUUGUCACAGGAAAUGAUAUGCAAGAAAUCACUUCUCUUCAAAAACAAUUGAGGGCUGUUUUUGAUUUCAAAGUGUUGGGACAACUAAAAUACUUAUUGGAAAUUGAGGUAGCCUAUUCUCGUGGAAAUUUAUUCCUAUCUCAAAGAAAGUAUAUUAUAGAUUUACUCAACUAUACAAGCAUAAGUAACUGUAAACUAGCAUGUACAUCAAUUGAAGCAAAGCAUUGUAUUGGGGCUUCAAAGGAAAGCGAUCAAGUAGAUAAGGGCUCUUAUCAAUGGCUAGUGGGAAAAUUAAUUUAUCUAUCUCAUACUAGAUCGGAUAUUGCUUAGUCAAUUGGAGUGCAUAAGCCAAUAUAUGCAUGACCCUAGGGAGGUACAUCAUCAAGCUGCUCAACAAGUUCUAGCCUAUCUUCAAGGAACAAUUGGCAUGGGAAUCCUAUUUAAAAGGGGAGAUUCUCUUAGAGUAGACAUCUAUACCGAUGUUGAUUAUGCUGGUUCAGUUGAUGAUAGGCACUCUACCAUUUGCUAUUGUUGUCUCAUUGGAGGAAAUUUGGUCACUUGGUGA